AUGAAGUUUGCAGACCGAAAUUCAGAGUACAUCAUCAACCCUGCAGUGGGUACUGAAUUUGAUGAUUGUGAGGAAGCUUAUGAGUACUACAACUUGUACUCGUGGGAGUGUGGCUUUGGAAUAAGAUGUGGCAAGAAGAGGUACUCAAUGACCAGGGAAAGCUUGAAACUGCCCCAGGAAAAGAGGUACCAGCUCGGUCAAGAAUUAAACUGCUGUUGCAGUGGUAGGCCGAGCAGGGAGCUGAAGACAAUGUCAGCUAGGACAAACUGCCCCGCAAAACUUCGACUAGGGAGGACAGCUGAUCAUGGGUGGGUUGUGGUUGAGCAUAAUCCCAUACACAACCAUGAAAUGAGUGAGUCAUAUGGGGAGAACAAACUGUGGCCAUCACAUACUCAUCUUGAUAAGUACACCAGGUCAUUAGUGCGUAUGUUAAGGGAAAAUAAUGUUCCAAUAACGAAGCUGUACAGUAUACUUGGUACAUUCUUCGGGAAGAUGGAAAACGUGCCCACUACAAAGAGAUGUUUGAAGAAUCUAUGCCACAAAAUAAAUAGGGAGCAGGCUGAAAAUGAUAUUAAGAAGACUCUUGAUCUUUUUGGUGAGUUCAUGAAGGAUGAUCCAGGGUUCAUGUAUUCAAUAGACCAAGAUGAAGAUGGGAGGAUAAAAACUAUGAUAUGGACCAACAGUAAGAGUAGGAUGCAGUAUGAGCACUUUGGGGAUGCUAUCACAUUUGACACGACAUACAAAACAAACAUGUAUGAGAUGCCAUUCGGGCUUUUCAUUGGUGUGAACAACCAUUUUCAGUCAGUUUUGUUGGGCGGGGUUUUGAUGACAGAUGAGAAGGUAGAGACUUUCAGAUGGAUAUUCAAAGAAUUUACAAGGUUAAUGGGAGGCAAGGAACCAGUGACAAUCCUUACCGACCAGUGUAGGGCAAUGGAGGUUGCUAUCGCAGCGGAAUGGGAAAAAACAUCCCAUCGAUGGUGCAAAUGGCAUGUCCUGAAGAGGAUUGUAGAGUGUUUGGGAACAAGGUACACACAGAAUAGGGAUUUCAGAGAUCAGUUUCACAAGCUGCUGAAUGAGAUGCUUACUAUUGAUGAAUUCGAAAGACAGUGGGCUGGAUUGAUGUAUUUGUAUGGGCUGGACAAAGACCCAUUCGUGCUUCAGAUAUAUGCAACAAGGGAAAAGUGGGUAAAGAGCUACUUCAAGGGUAUUUUUUGUGCUCGCAUGACCAGCACGCAGCGGAGUGAGAGUGCCAACAUGAUGCUGAAAAAUAUUGUACCUCCUAACAGCACCUUGCACAAUUUUGUUGAGCAGUAUUCGAAGCUUCAGUUCAUAAGGGACCAAGAUGAGGACUACGAGGAGAAAAGGUCGAAGAAGGAGGGGAAGAAAAAGUUGACAGGAGGGCCAUUAGUCAUUCAUGCUUGGGAACUGUACACCCCUAAUGUACACAAGAUGUUUUGUGAGACAAAAGAUGAAUCAGAAUUCUACAGGUCAAUUGAAGUUGAAGCUGGCAACAGGUACAUUGUUGAGCACUAUGAUUUUGAGAGAGUACAACAGUGGUGCAACGGGAGGUACGUGGUGGAUGUUGUAGGUCUAGGUGAGAAAUAUGAGUGUGAAUGUGGUUUACUGGAGCAUUUUGGUUUGCCAUGCGCACACAUCUUGAGGGUGCUCAUCAGUCAGGGUGUGCAGAAGAUACCAGAUAGUCUGAUCGUUAAACGUUGGACAAAGAAGGCAAGAAUUAUGUUACCCGCACAUCUGCGAGCGUACGGCAAUAAGGAUGUUUCGUUAAUGGCUCAGACAUAUCGACACUCCUCUAUUAUGAUCAGUGUGCUUGAGUAUGUUGAGUUAGGUGACAGGAACAUUGAGAGCUAUAAAAUAGGAAUGCAGUUUCUGGAAGAAGGGAAAAAGGCAAUGAAAGCUCUUGACAUAGAUAGGGAUGGUCUUGGCCUAGCUGAUAGAGAGAAUGAUACGCAUUUGCCGGAAGAGAUAGCUGGUGCUGAUCAAUUUCCACUUAGAGUUCCGAAGAAGAAGAGAGACAAAGGUAGACCAAGUAACAAGAGAGACAAGCCGGGUUACGAAGGAGGUUCUAAAAGACCCCGUUUUUGCAGUAUAUGCCGCAGCGACAAGCAUAACAAGCUGAAGUGCCCUGAGAAAGACAUUGGAAAUCAGCAGCAAAGGCGGAAACCGACUUGUUCUCGGUGUGGUGUUCUAGGACAUAGCCAAGAUAGGUGCCAUAUUACUGACCAGCGCCUUGGUGCAAUUGCUGAUAUGUUAGUCUAAGGCUGUCAGUCAUUUCUUUUUUGUAAUCAAAUCAUUUUUUGAUGGCUCUGUGCCUUUUUGCCGUUCGCGAUUUGCAUUGAAGUGAUUCAUGCUUA